AACCACCGCAGUUGUUCCUUGGCUCUCUCUCAACUCCCCCUUCAACAAAAAGAAAGCAAGAGGAUAAAGAAAAAUAAACAAUGGCAGCGAAGCAAAUGGAAGAUAUACAGAGAAAACUAGGGAUGCUGAAUUAUUCAAGAGCCAAUGCUCCUGCUCAGUCUCUUCUUUUUGCCGGCAUGGAACGUUACGCUCUUCUCGAAUGGCUCUUCUUCAAGUUAUUGGGUGAUAAAUCACCAUUCUCGCAGCAAAAUCUACAAGGAGAUGCUAUGGAUCGUGACGAAGAGACGGCUCGUAUCCAAUAUCUGGCAGAGAUUGCAAAGUUUCUGGGCAUCACUUCAAUUAUAGAUACAGAAGCCAUCCAAGGGCGAGGAAGCUAUGAAGACCGAACUGAAAUGCUUCGCCUAAUUGUAGAUCUCGUGGAGGCUAGCAUCUAUGCUGAUAAUCCUGAAUGGAGUGUAGAUGAACAGGUGGCAAAAGACAUACAACUCAUAGAUUCUAUUGCAGAGAAACAAGCUCUAAUAUUCUCAGAGGAGUGCAAGCUGUUCCCUGCUGAUGUGCAGAUUCAAUCCAUUUAUCCAUUACCAGAUGUAUCUGAGUUGGAGACAAAGCUUGCGGAACAGUCAAAAAUACUUCAGAGUCUUCAGCAGAAAAUUGAUGACUUGGCAUCUAAGCAUGCAUACAAUCCAGAUGAGGAGUAUUCUGAGGUGGAAUCUCAUCUCCGGGCACAUUUGGAAUCUUUCCUAGAAACUGCAAGAUCAUUCAAUGUGAUAUACACAAAGGAAAUACGCCCUUGGACGCACAUGAUGGAAGUGCCACAGCUUCAUGGGUUUGGACCAGCUGCCAACCGGUUGUUGGAGGCAUACAAGAUGCUUUGGAAGUUCCUAGGGAACUUAAGAAAUCUUAGAGACUCGCAUGCAGCUCUUGCUGUUGGAUCUUCUGAAACAAAAGCUGGCGAGCCCUCUUCUGUUACAAGAAUAAUUUCAGAGUGCGAGUCUGCACUGACAUUCUUAAAUCGUGAUCUUGGCAUUCUCUCGGCUUCGAUUUCACGUGAGAAAGGUAACAAUGCGAGUUUAUGAUGAAUGCAUCAUAAGAUAGCUAAAAACUUCUGACAUGACCUUACAACUCUUUCUUGGGAACUUAUUUUUUGUGGAAUAUUUAUAUUAUGUUUAAAGGUUGAUUGAAUUGAAUGUCACAAUACCACUGUUAUUUUAGUGAGUGUGCAGUGUGUUCACCAUGUCGGAGUAUAUUAGUUUUGAUUUGAUUCUUGAUUCCUCAAACCUUGAAUGUAUCAUGUGAAAUGAAUGGCAGACUAUUCCGUAUGUUAUAUAUGAUGAUUAGAGUUGGGGUUUA